UUUGCGUAUAAACACUAACCCUCAUCUCUCUCGCCGCUGCCGUCAAGCGAACUUGCCUCGGAGGAAGACGAAAUGGCCCCCAAGAAAGGAGUUAAAGUGGCUACCAAGAAGAAGCCGGAGAAAGUGACAAACCCAUUGUUUGAGAAGCGGCCCAAGCAAUUCGGUAUUGGUGGUGCCUUGCCUCCCAAGAAGGAUCUUUCUCGGUAUAUCAAAUGGCCAAAAGCCAUCCGCCUCCAGAGGCAGAAACGCAUCCUUAAGCAGAGGUUGAAGGUCCCGCCUGCUGUUAACCAAUUCACUAAGACUCUUGACAAGAAUCUAGCAACCAGCGUCUUCAAGCUCCUCCUCAAGUAUAGGCCAGAGGACAAGGCGGCCAAGAAAGAGCGUCUUCUCAAGAAGGCCCAAGCUGAGACUGAGGGAAAGCCUUCCGAGGCCAAGAAGCCUAUUGUUGUGAAGUACGGCCUCAACCAUGUGACCUACCUCAUUGAGCAGAACAAGGCGCAACUUGUGGUGAUUGCUCAUGACGUUGACCCAAUUGAGUUGGUCGUGUGGUUGCCUGCUCUGUGCAGAAAGAUGGAAGUCCCUUACUGCAUUGUCAAGGGGAAAUCGCGUCUUGGAGCAGUUGUUCACAAGAAGACUGCUUCUUGCCUGUGCCUGACCACUGUCAAGAACGAGGACAAGAUGGAGUUUAGCAAAAUCCUCGAGGCCAUCAAGGCAAACUUCAACGACAAGUACGAUGAGAAUAGAAAGAAGUGGGGAGGUGGCAUAAUGGGGUCCAAAUCUCAGGCAAAGACCAAAGCCAAGGAGAGGGUUCUUGCAAAGGAGGCUGCCCAGAGGAUGAGCUAAGUCCCUUUGUUAUGUACUCUUCAGUCACUCUGUUUCCCCAUUUUUUGUCAUUUCUUUGUUAUAGCUCUCGGAUUUUAUUUUUAUUUUUGAACUCUCGAAUCACCAUGUUAGUUCAAUCUCAGUUCUUUCGGAUAUGACCCUUUCUCGGUUCUUUA